AUGAGGCCUGGCGCUCAAGUUGGACGCCUGUAUCUCAUGUCCAGCAUCUUUGCCUCUUUUCAUUUCAGUUUGCUCCUAUGUCUCACCUGCCUCUUCUUCACCUUCCCCUGCAGCUGGCUAACCCUCCAUGUAUCCUGGGCCUUCCCCAUCACCUGUGGCCUCCUCUUCAUCCCCACCAUUGUCUUCUUCCUCUUUGCCAGUUUCACAGACACAGGAAUUCUCCACAAAGGCAUUGAAGAAGAGUUGGUGAACCAGGUGGUUAUCAUAAGAGCUCCCCGGCAGCAUUGGUGCAACCGAUGCCAGCUCCACAGCCUGCCACAUACUUUCCACUGUGCCUGGUGCAAUACCUGUGUGGAGGAUUUUGACCAUCACUGCAUGUGGCUGAACAACUGCAUUGGCCGCCACAACAUCCGCUUCUUCGGCCUCUUUGUGGUCUUCCUGAGCGGUUACGACAUGGCCGUGAUGGCUUCCUGCCUCGCCUACCUGGUGCUCAACCCCCAGCCACCCUUCAGCGUGGAGAAGAUUUGCACCAUCAUGGUGACCAUCCCCGCGGCAUUCUACCUGCUCCCGCUGCUCAUUCAACUGAGCUCCCAGCUCAGCAACAUCUGGACAGCUCAGUACAGGUGCAAGCUCCAGGCUCAGGCUUCACACGGGAAACCCUUCAAAUCCCGCCUGGCCUGGGGGUGGCCCUGGGCUUUGCACACCCGGCACGGAUCAAAGCCCCGAGUGAAAUCAGCCAUGCCAAAAGCACAGACCGAGAAAGCCGAGAAGGCUUCAGUCCCCCCAGUUUCCGACUUCAGCUUGGCCACUGCAAGCUCUUCCUCCUGUGGGGGCCCUCCAAACAAGCCCGACGAGCGGAGAGCGGCCAAGGCCUGGCAUCACUUACUGGCUGCCAUGGGGAGCUUUCUGCGACAGAAGGGUCCCAGGAUGGGAGAGUCAACACAGCAAUUUACAACGGAGGCUGGCAAGAAGAAAAGCAGCUGGCCUCUGAACACCACUGACAGAAGCACGGAGAUCCCAAUCCCAGAAAUGCCAGAGUCACUGCAGCUGCUGGACGAAGACCAGGAUACACAUUGGAAAUGCCAGCUCUACAUCAAUAGACGUGCCCCUUCCUCACCCACGGGCACACUCCUCUCGCUGUCGGAUAUCUGA